UUCCCCGGGUUGCUGUAAUCUUAAACCACCGGGAGCCCGAGGCCUAUAUUUAUAGAGAAACGCACGUUCCGGAGGCCGCCGUGGGCACCACUGGGUUGCCUCGGGAAGAAUUUUUGUAAUUUGGAGGACAGUCCCUGUUUUCAUUGUUUUCAUUUUUUGAAAUUGGGAGCUUCCAGACCAGGACAGCUGAAAAUUAACAAACUCCCAGGGAGGGCCAUAUUGUUUUUGAGAGCCUUUUGUCUGUGGUUGGGCAGUCUCGUCUGAGCCGUCCCCGCACUCCUCUCCGGCCCUCGGAGCCGACUCCAGCUUCUCUGAGCUUCACUGCCACCUGUGGGCCGCAGCUCGGAGCGGAGCCCCUUUUGUCCUGUGUGGCCCCCCCAAGAAGUCCUCCUGGCGGGGCUCGGGGUACUGGGGGCUGGGGAGAUGAACGCUGCGGCCAGCAGCUACCCCAUGGCCUCCCUGUACGUGGGUGACCUGCACUCGGACGUCACCGAGGCCAUGCUGUACGAAAAGUUCAGUCCUGCGGGGCCUGUGCUGUCCAUCCGGGUCUGCCGCAACAUGAUCACCAGCCGCUCCCUGGGUUAUGCCUACGUCAACUUCCAGCAGCCGGCUGACGCUGAGCGGGCCUUGGAUACCAUGAACUUUGAUGUGAUUAAGGGAAAGCCAAUCCGAAUCAUGUGGUCUCAGAGGGAUCCCUCUUUGAGAAAAUCUGGCGUGGGAAAUGUCUUCAUCAAGAACCUGGACAAAUCUAUAGAUAACAAGGCACUUUAUGAUACUUUUUCUGCUUUUGGAAACAUUCCGUCCUGCAAGGUGGUGUGUGAUGAGAACGGCUCUAAGGGUUAUGCCUUUGUCCACUUCGAGACCCAGGAGGCUGCCGACAAGGCCAUCGAGAAGAUGAAUGGCAUGCUCCUCAAUGACCGCAAAGUGUUUGUGGGCAGAUUCAAGUCUCGAAAAGAGCGGGAAGCUGAGCUUGGAGCCAAAGCUAAGGAAUUUACCAAUGUUUAUAUCAAAAACUUCGGGGAAGAGGUGGAUGAUGAGAGUCUGAAAGAGCUAUUCAGCCAGUUUGGUAAGACUCUAAGUGUCAAGGUGAUGAGAGAUCCCAGUGGGAAAUCCAAAGGCUUUGGCUUUGUGAGUUACGAAAAACACGAGGAUGCCAAUAAGGCCGUGGAGGAGAUGAAUGGAAAAGAAAUCAGUGGGAAAGUCAUUUUUGUCGGCCGUGCACAGAAGAAAGUGGAAAGGCAGGCCGAGUUAAAGCGAAAAUUUGAACAGCUGAAACAGGAGAGAAUUAGUCGGUAUCAGGGGGUGAACCUCUACAUUAAGAACUUGGAUGACACCAUUAAUGAUGAGAAGUUAAGGAAAGAGUUUUCUCCUUUUGGAUCAAUCACCAGUGCUAAGGUGAUGCUGGAGGAUGGGAGAAGCAAAGGGUUUGGCUUUGUCUGCUUCUCAUCCCCUGAAGAGGCAACCAAAGCAGUCACGGAGAUGAACAGACGCAUCGUGGGCUCCAAGCCACUGUAUGUCGCCCUGGCCCAGAGAAAAGAAGAGAGAAAGGCUCACCUGACCAACCAGUAUAUGCAGCGGGUGGCCGGGAUGAGAGCGCUCCCCGCCAAUGCCAUCUUCAAUCAGUUCCAGCCUGCAGCUGGGGGCUACUUUGUGCCAGCAGUUCCACAGGCCCAGGGAAGACCUCCAUAUUACACACCUAACCAGUUAGCACAGAUGAGGCCUAAUCCACGCUGGCAGCAAGGUGGGAGACCUCAAGGCUUCCAAGGAAUGCCAAGUGCUAUACACCGGUCUGGGCCUCGUCCAGCUCUUCGCCAUCUGGCUCCAACUGGUAAUGCUCCGGCCUCUCGUGGCCUCCCUACUACCGCUCAGAGAGUCGGUGUUCCCACAGCUGCGCAGAGCCUAGCGCCUCGUGCCGCUGUUGCUGCCGCUGCUCCUCGGGCUGUUGCACCUUACAAGUACGCCUCCAGUGUCCGCAGCCCUCACCCCGCCAUCCAGCCCCUGCAGGCACCCCAGCCUGCGGUCCACGUGCAGGGGCAGGAGCCGCUGACCGCCUCCAUGCUGGCCGCAGCACCCCCGCAGGAACAGAAACAGAUGCUGGGUGAACAUUUGUUCCCGCUCAUCCAGACGAUGCACUCAAACCUGGCUGGGAAGAUUACCGGGAUGCUGCUGGAGAUUGACAACUCGGAGCUGCUGCACAUGCUGGAGUCCCCCGAGUCUCUCCGCUCCAAGGUGGAUGAAGCUGUGGCGGUCCUGCAGGCUCAUCACGCCAAGAAAGAAGCUGCCCAGAAGGUGGGCGCUGUUGCUGCUGCUACCUCUUAGACAAGGACAAACCGAUUCAAAAGCCAAAUAAACCCUCAUGGAAUUCAGCUCAAGGUUUGAAGAUGUCCUAGCUUGUCCUAUGGACCUCAACACCAAGAACCACAAAUUGCAAAUUUAAUAGGUCAUUUUGUAUCAAAAGGUCAAUUAUGAAGCACCUAGAAUUUUUCAAUUAAAAGAAUAUAUUCUCUGGGUUCUGAUAUGGCCCAAACAGUGUUAACUUUUUUUUUCUA